AUGAAGAUGCCGACACAUAAAGCGAUUGUAUACGAUAAACCUGGCGAGAUCUCUACCUGUGUUGUUGAGGUGGAAACUCCUAGUCCAGGACCAGGCGAGAUUCUGGUGAAGAUUACGCAUUCCGGUAUAUGUCAUUCUGACCUGAGUCUCAUGACCAGCACUUGGAAAUUCCUAGCCGAACCCUUGAAAUCCGGACAAAUUGGCGGCCAUGAAGGUGUCGGCGUCGUGACCCAAUUGGGUCCAUCAUGUGAGAGUUCAGAUAUCAAAGUCGGUGACCGCGUCGGCAUCAAAUGGAUUGCAUCAGUCUGCGGUAAUUGCGCCCCUUGUCUGUUAGGCGCCGACGGAGUCUGCCCUAAGGCAAAGGUAUCGGGUUUCACUUGCCCAGGCACAUUCCAAGAAUAUGUUCUGGCGCCAGCUCACUAUGCUACUCCUAUUCCUGACGGUAUGGCCAGUGAGGUUGCUGCACCUCUGUUAUGUGGUGGAGUUACAGUUUACUCUGCGCUGAAGAAGAGCAAAGCGCAACCCGGAGAUUGGGUUGUCAUUGCUGGUGCUGGCGGUGGACUUGGUCAUUUGGGGAUCCAGCUUGGUAGCCGGGGAAUGGGAUUCAGAAUGAUUGGACUGGAUGUGUCUUCGAAGGAAGACUUUGUGAGGAACUGUGGUGCAGAGUUAUUCAUUGAUAUCACAAAGGAUUCUGCCGAUGAAGGAGAGAAAGGCAUUGCUGAAAAGAUUCGUGCUAUAACUGGUGGUGAUGGUGCAACGGCUGUAGUCGUCUGCAGCGCCAGUAACGCUGCAUAUGCACAGGCAAUGGAUUAUCUCAAGUUCAAUGGGACUUUGGUCUGUGUUGGUGUUCCCGGAGAAGGGAAACCAAUUGAAGGCGUUUGUCCUCACUUGAUGGUUGCCAAGCAGCUUAACGUUGCUGGUAGCACGGUUGGCAACCGCAGAGAUGCAAUUGAGACACUGGCUAUGGCACAAAGAGUCGUCGCAACACCCUUCUCUAUCGAAAAAGUAAGCAACUUAAACAAGACAUUCCACGAUAUGAAGGCUGGGUAUCUGAAGGGUCGGGUUGUGCUGGAUAUGCAAUCUUGGGCUUGA